CGCGAGGAAGACGAUGCGCUGGCGGAGGAGCUGGACGGAGGCGAAGGAGAGGCACAGCCGUGGAGCCUGCAAGAGGCCAGGCUGAAGGCAAAGGGCAAGCGGCGAGUGCGGCGGACCUCCUCCCGCGAUUCCCAUAGGGACGCCCUCCCCGAAAAGGGGGAGCAGGAACCCGACCCCAGUAGCCCAAAGGGCAAGAACCAUGACCGCAAGUCCCGCAUGGGGAAGGGCCGAGGCCUGCCCAAGAAAGGUGGGGCCGGGGGCAAAGGUGUGUGGGGAGCACCUGGGGUUGUCUACAGCUACCAGGAGCCAGAUGCCCGGGACCCCAACUACGACGAGGCUGCCCAGGGGAACACUGUCUAUGCCACGGUGGUGCCUGAGCUGGAAGAAGAGGAGCUUGAGAAGACUGUGCAGCCGAUGGUGCUGGAGUAUUUUGAGCACGGAGACACCUUGGAAGUGGUGGAGCUGCUACGGAAUCUGAACUUGGGGGGCCACAAGGCAGCCGUGUCCUCCCUGGCCGUGGUGCUUUCUCUGGAGGGGAAGGCCAGCCAUCGUGAGCUGACCUCACGCCUGCUUUCCGACCUGGUGGGGAAGGUGCUGAGUCCCGAGGACAUCGCUGCUGCUUUUGACGGGAUGCUGCACGACCUCCCGGACCUCAUUCUCGACACGCCAGAGGCACCACAGAUGCUGGGUCAGUUCAUCGCCCGGGCUGUGGCCGACCACGCGCUCCCCCUUGAUUUUCUUGAGCGCUAUAAGGGGCGUGUCGACUGUGAGCAUGCACGGGCUGCCCUGGAUCGUGCUGCCGUUCUCUUGCGCAUCAAGCGAGACGUCAAUCGGUUGGACAAUGUGUGGGGCGUGGGGGGUGGCCAGAGGCCAGUCAAGCAUCUGAUCAAAGAGAUGAAUCUCCUGCUACGGGAAUACCUGUUGUCAGGAGAGGUGUCUGAGGCUGAACGCUGUCUGCGCCAACUUGAGGUGCCCCACUUCCACCAUGAGCUUGUCUAUGAGGCUGUGGUGAUGGUGAUGGAAUCUUCGGGAGACACAGCCGUUGCCAUGAUGGUGAAGCUGCUGAAACUGCUGUGGCAGACUGGGCUGGUGACCCUGGAUCAGAUGAACCGAGGUUUCCAACGGGUCUACAAUGAGCUUGGAGACAUCAGUCUGGACGUGCCGCUGGCCCACAGCAUCCUUGAGCGGAUGGUGGAUCUCUGCUUUGAGGAGGGUGUGAUCACCAGGCAGCUGAGAGAGACCUGCCCUGCCCGGGGCCGGAAGCGCUUUGUCAGUGAAGGAGAUGGUGGCCAAAUCAAGCAGUAACUGGAAGCUUUCAGCACCCCCUUUCCCCUCCCCAGCAAUGCCUUCAACCCAGCCAGACCUACCAAUCUUAACAGAGAGGCCAGGAAGUCUUUGCUGAACACCAUCUACCAUCACCCGCACCACCCUGAGCAGCUUGUCCGGCAGGCAGGAGGGGUCUAUCAGGGGAGUGAGCCGGAUGAACUGCACUUCCUUCUUGACCGGUGGGGGCAGGGGUGGGAGUGGUAGAAGCAGGAGAAUGAGAAAAGCUUGUUUUCUUGCAGGAUAUUUCCACAUGUGUGCGCACCCCCCCCCCACAGUGCUGCACACCAGCAGAUGCAUCUCAGGAAGCCUUAGGCCAGCGGGAACUGCUGCAGAAGGGACCUGUCUGGACCUGCUGGGCAGCCAGGCCGGAGAAGGCAGCAGGGCCUUCCCUCACAGCCUCUGGCUAGUGCAGGGUGGUUGGUCUCCUGCCUUGUGCAGCUGGUUCCCAGGCCUUGUGGGGACGGGUAGGCAGGAGCCAGGCGGCAGAGCCUCCCUGCAGCCAAAGAACCUUCUGUUCACAGGACGCCUCGAAGCCCUCUUGCCACCACAGAGGCGGGGGGAGGCCUGGCUGGGUUGAGGGCCGAGGAGAGAGCAGCCAAGCACGGCAGGGCUGAUGACUGUGCCCCUGCUCCUCCACGCAUCUCAGGUUGACAAGGAGUUGCUUCUGCUUGGCGCGGUCCGCAGAGGGGUGGAGAAGCAGAGCAAGCGGGACGUCUGCGUGGGAGGGAGUUGUGCCAAACUGCUUAAUGGUCUUGCGGGCAAAGGUGGUAGGGAUGGGUGAGUCUAAUGAGAAAUCAAAAUAAACGAUGUACCCAAAGGGCA